AUGGACAGUGCGGAGAUGUUGAACAAACUCCCAAAAAAGGAGGUGUUUUGGAAUGCCAUGGAGAUUCAGCAGAUAGAAGGAUUCUGGUUCGCAGAGCAGUAUGUGGAAUCCAUGGCGGCAUUCAGGUCAGAAUUCCAGCCGCGAAGCGACGACAUUCUCUUGACAUCCUUCCCCAAAACAGGAGCAACCUGGCUCAUGGCUCUCUGCCACAACAUCCUCCACCUCGAAGAAGAAGACAUUCUGACGCAGAUGAACCCGCACGACGUCGUUCCCACGGUCGACGCCCUUUACCUUGCGGAUCAAGUCCAGCACGUUCUGCUCCAUUCCACCACCGGCCGAUUGCUCUGUUGA